AUGGAAGAGCGGAUUGUGCAGAGCUUGGGCGGAGAGGCGAGCGAGGACCAACAAAGAGAGGUCGUGGUGGAGCGCCACGCGCGCCACCCGCGCCGCAGCGCCGCGCCCCGCGCGCCGAGCACGAGCGACGUCCACGAGGAGCGGCGGCAGCAAGUCCUAGAGGAUCGAAUUCGACAAGUCCGAGCACAGGUGGAGCAACAACGCUUGGAGGAGACCCGCGUGGAACACACGCUCAUGACGCGGGUCGAGGACUUGGAGAGGCAGUUGCAACAUCGACGCCAGAGCAUCGUCCACCGCAUCAGCCGUGAGCAAGAGCGGGAAGAGAACUUGAGAAAGUAUCUCCGCUAUUUGGAGGACGCUGACCUGGAAGAUUUGCGUCGGGAGAUCCGCCUGCGCAAGGAUUCGGCACUGCUGAAGGAAGAGACGCUACGACAGCAGCUCGAGCAUUUGCUACCAUCACCUCCCUCGCCGAAGGGCGAGCGUGGGCAUCGUGAGGAGCGGCUGGAGCGGCAGAUUGCCCUGAGGCGGCAGUUGGAGACCUUGAAGACGAGCGAAGGGUCCGACAGCGUGCGGCGGCAUUUACUGGCAUUGAAGCAGGCGGAAAUGAUGGAAUUCCAGCGAGAGGUGCAGCUCCACCGCAUGGAGGAUGAAGCGAAAGAGCUGCCGAUGCGUCAACAGUUAGAGGAACUGCACGAAGAGUGGCAACGCUUCAGAGUCCAGUGUGAGCACGAGCGACAGGCUGCAGAAAUGCAAGAGGAGCAGAUCCUGCUGGAGAUGAGCAGCCUGACCGAUCAUCGCAAGCGUCAAGAACAGGACAUGUCCCCAGAUACGUCGAAGGAGCGGAGGAGCAAGUCUAGACAGGCACUGGGUGCCCGCAGCAGUUCAGAGGGCGGCAAAGCCAGCGGCAGAGGUCUCGAACUCGAGCGGCGCGACCCAGUUCCAUCUAGCCACUGGGGCUCUCAGGAGCUGGACCUCACCCCGCAGCACAACGUCGUGGGGCCGCCAAUCCACUUGGAGGAUGGACCGGGCCGCCACAGCGGCCCCCCCGGCGGCGCGAGUCGUGGGCGGUCGGACCAGGAGGACCUCUCGCCACAGAGCGCUCGCAGCGGCACGGACGUGACGCCCGUCGUUUCGCAGUCGCGCAGCGUCGUUUCAGGCCAAGAGAGUGAGGAUGAGGCGGAUGAGUCCGACGAUGAUCUGCUCUUUAUUUAG